AGCAUUCAGAAGUUGAUGAAUGAGUGCUGCAAAAGAGAGUCAUCUCACAACGAGUCGAUUACAGCAGGGAAAGUUGCACAAUGGCACAGCCACCACCCUUUUCAAUGAGUCUGAAGUCCUGUCCAGACAAAACUAAAGAUGACAAGCCUGGCUCCACUCCUCAGUCUCCCACAAAAUCUCCAGAGAAGCCAGUUCCCAUGCCAAGAAAAAAUAUAUCCCGUCCAGACAAAACUAAGGAUGAAAAGCCUGUAUGUAACACUACUCCUCUGUCUCCCACAAGAUCUCCAGAGGGAGGCUUGGGCUGCUCAACUCCUCCACCAGUGUUACCAAAAAAGUGGACUGUUAAAAAAAAUCCUGGAGGAUUUGACUCUGUAAAUGGCAUUAAUAUAGUAAAGGUGCUGCCUGAACUAUCAAUUAAUGAUAACCGUAGAUUACUACCUCUGCUGCGUCAAAAACCUCUCAAAGAACAGCCUGAUGACAAAAACGAAAUCAUGGAUGCCAACUCUUUGAUGGAUUGGUGGAAGAAUGUGACACCCUGGAACACUCUGUGUGAAGACAUCAAACUUGGAGGGGAAAAAGAAACAAAGGUCAUCAGAAUUAAAGCUGAACAUCUCUAUAAAGCUGUCCUGCGUUACGUCCUCCUGUUGUCUGAACAUGGUGGCACCCUGAAGCAACACACUGCUGAGCUGGUCUGCAUUGCUGACAACUUAGACAAGGUUUCAAAGGGUACAAAGAUUGCUGGCAUCACAGGAGGGGCUACAAGUGUAGCGGGAGGCGUGGCAGCAGCUGCUGGGGUGAUUCUGUGUCCAUUGACAAUGGGAGCCUCAUUGGGGCUGACUGUCCUCGGGGUUGGCGUGGCUGCAGCCGGCGGCGUCACUGGUGCAUCAGCAGCCAUCGCCAACAAGGUGAACGUCAGUCAGGAAAAGAAGAAAAUUGAAAAGACCUUCCAGGAGUACAGUGACCUCAUGGAGGAUAUUCAGGAUUGCUUAAAGUUCAUCAAUGAGGGCAUGGAGCAGCUAAAGAAGCAUGAUCUGUCUGUUCUGAUUAAAGCCAGGAUGGAUUCGGCGAGAGUAGCCGGGAUGAUACAGCUUUCCACUACAGGAGGAGCAAGUGCUAGGGCCAUAGAAGCUAACAGUAAGGCAUCUGGGAUGAUGCAAGGCUUUGCCCUCGGCAUGGAUAUGUACUUCACCCAAGGAAAGAAUGGUCAGAAGCUGAAGAAGGGCCUUGAAUCAAAGUUUGCGAAGAAAAUCCGUCAGGUAGCACAGGAUCUCAAUGAGGCUUUGGAUGAGCUCAUGCAAAUCAAGGACCUGUUCAGUAAGCACUGUUCAGGGGAAAAAUAGGUUUUAACUUGUAGACCCUUUCUUGCUUGAUUUUAAUCUUCAAACUUUUAUUUUUGCACAUACUAUUUUUAUAUGUGACAUUUGUAAGUAAAGAAAAUGUAAACAUGGAACAAACCAAACAAAAAACAACAAGCAUCUAUAUAGGCCAAUGUUAUUUUUGUCAGUCUCCUUUUUAUUGUCCUUACUUUUCUUUCCAAAACUACAAUGUAAGGGACUACAGAGCUGUACAUCGAUACACUGAUUAGCCCAAUCUGAUGAAUUAGCCUAACUUGAAUGGUUGUGAAUGGUUAUAGUUUUAGUAAAGAGACUUCCCUGCUGGUAUGUGUUUUUUAUUUUAUAAAUGUUAUAUUUGACUUGACCUUGGCGAUUAGUUGGACUGGA